AUGUCGACUUCAAUGGAACCAUUCGCCCAGUCCUUACUGCAUCUGGCCCAUCCAGAUGAUGAUGCAGAAGCGACCCGUAUAUACAAAGAAAAAGUCGCCUACCGUCCCCUCGACUUCCGAAAACUUACUGCUUCCACAGCAAAACAAACCGACCAACGAGCCCGUCGACGCGAACUGCGUCUUGCCAAGAAGUUAAAAAAGGCCUCGUCAAAACCAUCGUCAAAGCCGAAACCUCUGUCUGCACGUGAAAAGCGUGCGUUAGGAGUUUAUGAUAUCCCCAAGGAAGCCCAGAAAUAUGCAAUCUACGAACCAUUGAAUAAACUAUGGAUAGGAUACAUCCAUGAAAUUCUGAAAGGAAGCUUUGGAAAUAAUGGAACAGCCGGUCAAGCGACGGCGGCUAAGCUUUGUGCUGCGGAUUUCCACGGCUGCGAAGUUGAAGUUGUGAGGAAUCGUUGUCCCAGCCGAGUGGGUGUCAAAGGGAUCGUGGUGAAAGACACGAAAAUGACAUUCGUGAUUGUGACGAAGAAGGAUGAAAUUAAACAUAUACCGAAGGAGCACUCGGUGUUUCGGUUUGAAAUACCGUGGCCAGAUACGACGAAGGAAGGUGCUGAGCCGAUUGUUCUGGAGUUGCAUGGUUCGAAUUUUAUGUUUAGAGCUGCGGAGAGGAUGAAUAAGAAAUUCAAGGCGAAGGCGAUGGAUGACUUGUGA